AUGAAGUAUCUUCCUAUCUUUGUAGCAUUUGUAGUGGCAAUUCCAGAAGAUCUGAACUCGAUAAUCAUGGCAAUCAAUAGGCUUCAUAAGAAUACCAAGUACAGUACAUACUAUGAGGUUUUUGGCGUCUCCGAGAAUGCAUCCAUUGCCAGUAUAAAGAAGCUGUAUCAAAAGAUGAUGAAGCAUCCAAGCCCUAUUCCAGGGAUUGAGAAAAGGGAGGACGCUGUUGCACUCCUGACAGAGGCUUACAACAUUCUAAAAAAUAAGAAGUCUGCAUAUGAUUUUGUACUUGCAAACUCAUACAUCUACAUUGGGGGCAAAAACAACUUUAAAAACAACCUUUAUGUAAUUCUAAUGUCCAUAUCUGUCGGAUUGUUGGCAAUCGACCUGAUAUAUUUUGGCGUCAAAUAUCUAGUGUUCAUGGCCAAUCCUAAGAAGGCUUCAAAGAAGAAGGGAAACAAGGAAUCUGUCCCAUCAAUGAUGAUUGUAAGUAUUCUCCGUUUGAUCAAGUCUUUGAUUAAAAAAUAA